AUGAUGGUGCAAUCUUGGAUCAUGAAGACUCUCUCACCCCAAAUUGCAGAAAGUGUCAUGUACUUGGAAGAUGCUCAAGAAUUAUGGGAAGAGUUAAAGGAAAGAUUUUCCAAAGGUGAUCACUUCAAAUUUUCAGAUUUACUUCAAGAAAUACACUCUAUCAGACAAGGAGAAAGGAGUGUGAGUCAAUUUUUCACAGAUUUGAAAAUCCUAUGGGAAGAGUUGGAAUUUCUUAGGCCCAUUCCACGUUGUAGCUGCAACAUCCCUUGCAGUGUUGAUUUGUCCAAAGCUUUUCACAAAUACAGAGAAAUGGAACAUGUUAUUUGUUUCUUAAAAGGUCUAAAUGAAUGCUACAACACUGUGAGAACACAAAUAUUAUUGAUGGAGCCUUUACCCAACAUCAACCGUGUCUUUUCUCUUAUUAUGCAGCAAGAAAGGCAAGGAAAACAUGAAUAUGGCCUUACUAAUCAGAAUGAGAUCAAGCCAAGGGAGAGGGAGAGGAAGAAAUCCCAAUUUUGGAAUAAUAUUCAAGAAAAGAUUGGACAGAGUAAUUGGGGAUCUGCCAGUGCCUACACUGCCUCGGUUGAGACACAAACCAGCCAACAGAACAACGACAAUGUUGUUAAGAAUUCUCUUACCCCAGAACAGAUGAAGAAAAUUUUGCAGAUUAUAGAAAAAAUUGAUAGUCCUGCUCACAACAUUAGCCAAAUACAUAAAGAUGCUGCACUGGACAGACAAGGUUUGUUUUCUUGGAUCAUAGAUACAAGGGUCACUGAUCAUGUGACCCAUGACAAAGAGUAG